UGUAGUUUUAUAAAACAAUUGGAUAAUCCCUAAGCUUGUGAUUUGUCGAUUCUUCUUGUUUACCAUAUAGGUAACCCUAAAAACACUUAAAUACUUUGAAUUCUACGCAAAAAAGUGAUUAUUGUAAUUCGCCUUUUAGUGGAACAAAUUAUAAUAGAGUACAAAAAGUCAGAAACUAUGGGUGUCUCCAAGUUUCUCCUUUUAUUGGGAGCCCUUUUUUGUGCCAUAGUUGCUAUUCAAGCAAACAAUUAUGGAAUGCAGAUCUUUGUAAAAACACUCACCGGUAAAACCAUCACACUCGAGGUUGAACCAUCAGAUACCAUCGAGAAUGUCAAAGGAAAAGUUCAAGACAAGGAAGGGAUUCCACCAGAUCAACAAAGAUUAAUCUUUGUUGGAAAGCAGUUGGAAGAUAGUCGUACUCUCUCAGACUACAACAUUCAAAAAGAAUCUACACUCCAUUUGGUACUUCGUCUUAGAGGUGGUAUGCAAAUCUUUGUUAAAACUUUAACUGGAAAGACCAUCACCCUUGAAGUAGAACCUUCAGAUACUGUUGAAAACGUCAAAGCUAAAAUUCAAGACAAAGAAGGUAUACCACCAGAUCAACAAAGGUUAAUCUUUGCUGGAAAGCAGUUGGAAGAUCUUCGUACUCUCUCAGAUUACAAUAUUCAAAAAGAAUCUACUCUCCAUUUGGUUCUUCGUCUUAGAGGUGGUAUGCAAAUCUUUGUUAAAACUUUAACUGGAAAGACCAUCACCCUUGAAGUAGAACCUUCAGAUACUAUUGAAAACGUUAAAGGUAAAAUUCAAGACAAAGAAGGUAUACCACCAGAUCAACAGAGGUUAAUCUUUGCUGGAAAGCAGUUGGAAGAUCUCCGUACUCUCUCGGACUACAACAUUCAAAAAGAAUCUACUCUCCAUUUGGUACUUCGUCUUAGAGGUGGUAUGCAAAUCUUUGUUAAAACUUUAACUGGAAAGACCAUCACCCUUGAAGUAGAACCUUCAGAUACUGUUGAAAACGUCAAAGCUAAAAUUCAAGACAAAGAAGGUAUACCACCAGAUCAACAAAGGUUAAUCUUUGCUGGAAAGCAGUUGGAAGAUCUUCGUACUCUCUCAGAUUACAAUAUUCAAAAAGAAUCUACUCUCCAUUUGGUUCUUCGUCUUAGAGGUGGUAUGCAAAUCUUUGUUAAAACUUUAACUGGAAAGACCAUCACCCUUGAAGUAGAACCUUCAGAUACUAUUGAAAAUGUCAAAGGUAAAAUUCAAGACAAGGAAGGUAUACCACCAGAUCAACAAAGAUUAAUCUUUGCUGGAAAGCAGUUGGAAGGUAGCAGUACUCUCUCAGACUACAACAUUCAAAAAGAAUCUACUCUCCAUUUGGUACUUCGUCUUAGAGGUGGUAUGCAAAUCUUUGUUAAAACUUUAACUGGAAAGACCACCACCCUUGAAGUAGAACCUUCAGAUACUAUUGAAAACGUCAAAGGUAAAAUUCAAGACAAAGAAGGUAUACCACCAGAUCAACAAAGGUUAAUCUUUGCUGGAAAGCAGUUGGAAGAUAGCCGUACUCUCUCAGACUACAACAUUCAAAAAGAAUCUACUCUCCAUUUGGUACUUCGUCUUAGAGGUGGUAUGCAAAUCUUUGUUAAAACUUUAACUGGAAAGACCACCACCCUUGAAGUAGAACCUUCAGAUACUAUUGAAAACGUCAAAGGUAAAAUUCAAGACAAGGAAGGUAUACCACCAGAUCAACAAAGAUUAAUCUUUGCUGGAAAGCAGUUGGAAGAUAGCCGUACUCUCUCAGACUACAACAUUCAAAAAGAAUCUACUCUCCAUUUGGUACUUCGUCUUAGAGGUGGUAUGCAAAUCUUUGUUAAAACUUUAACUGGAAAGACCACCACCCUUGAAGUAGAACCUUCAGAUACUAUUGAAAACGUCAAAGGUAAAAUUCAAGACAAGGAAGGUAUACCACCAGAUCAACAAAGAUUAAUCUUUGCUGGAAAGCAGUUGGAAGAUAGCCGUACUCUCUCAGACUACAACAUUCAAAAAGAAUCUACUCUCCAUUUGGUACUUCGUCUUAGAGGUGGUAUGCAAAUCUUUGUUAAAACUUUAACUGGAAAGACCACCACCCUUGAAGUAGAACCUUCAGAUACUAUUGAAAACGUCAAAGGUAAAAUUCAAGACAAAGAAGGUAUACCACCAGAUCAACAAAGGUUAAUCUUUGCUGGAAAGCAGCUGGAAGAUAACCGUAGCCUCUCAGACUACAAUAUUCAGAAAGAGUCCACCCUGCAUUUAGUUCUUCGUUUAAGAGGAGGAAAAUAAUCUUGUUGAAAUUAAAUAUAUUUUUAUAUUUUCAAUAAAUAAAUUAUAAUCUA